CAUCCUUUUUCACAGCCACAUGGUGGCGGUCAAAUCCAGAAAGGGAUCAGUCAUUCAAGAAAUGGCAUGCUGAAGUGCCACGGGGCCACGGAAGAUCUCUGGACACCGGAUCAGACGCAGCUGCCCCCGGCUGCUAUUUUCACUCAGCUUAAAGCACCAUGGGCAGCCAGCAUCUACGCCAUGGACUACCCACAACAACUCUGCACGCCAUGAAGUCCAGUACAGGCGAGCACGGGCUAGCUCACGGACAUCCCGCACAUGAUACCCAGAGCUUGCCCUCAGACCCUGAUGAUCUGGACAGCGGCAGUGACAGCUCGGAGAAAUCCACUGGAGCUGGGAGCCCCACGAGGGGCCAUAGAGAGGUCAGGAGACGCCGAGGGAGCCGCAGACUUGCAGGAGUGAGCAAACAACGUCAGGCAGCUAAUGCCCGGGAGCGAGACCGCACUCACAGCGUCAACACUGCCUUCACAUCUCUGCGCACCCUUAUCCCAACAGAGCCGGCCGACAGGAAGUUGUCGAAAAUCGAGACUUUACGAUUGGCAUCGAGCUAUAUUUCACACCUGGCCAAUGUGCUUUUGUUAGGGGAGGACUGCAGGGACGGGCAACCCUGUCUGAAAUAUCACAACAUCUUACAAGGCAAUGCCAACCUCAAAUCCCCACCAGUCCGACCCAUCUGCACCUUCUGCCUGAGCAACCAAAGGAAAAUGCUGCGAGAUGGGGAAAAGCACACAACUGCAUGACAGCAGUUCUCUGACUGACCGCUGCUACGUAUGAGCUCUCAACCUUUGAAUGUUUACAUGUAAAGAGACAUUGCCUUGCACAGAGACGUUUUGCUGUAUGGUUUAUUUUUUUAAAAGUCUACAAGGACAGACGAAAUGAGUGAUAUGAAACGAAUCGGAUCUGCACUUUUUUUUCCCCCUGCAUCUGCAGGGGUGUCCACCUUAUCAACUGUUUUGGUUAAUGUAACCGGAGAAUAUGUGUAAAGUUGCACCUGGUGGGAGGCUAUUUCAGUAUCAGAUAUAGUAAGCGACACCAUCCCUUGCCUUAAAAAAACAGUCUUGUGUCUGCCCCUCGCCUGUCACAUGAUGGUAACCGAAACCUUGCGGUUUGCAGUGGUCCCUGUCAGUACAACAGCAGGCAAAAAUCACAUCCCCUCCCUCUUGUCUCCACAUCUACGCAUGGACCACGAUCCCAACAUGGCUCUCAAGAGACUGUAAACAAGAAUCUAUCCUCAGCAUGAACAUUUGGGAUGGGCAAGCAUGCUAAAUAUUUAAAAGAAAGUUCAAGCGGCACAUGACUGAAUGUUAAAGGUGGAAGUACUUCAUGAUGAGAACAUGAUCUUCAUGUCUUGAGAACAAGGCACAUAAUCCCUAAAACAAGCCCUGGGUCAUGACCCAGUAGGAGUUCACUUUGGUGACGUAAGGUUGCAGAGAUUGUAGUGUGCUUCGGAAAAGGGUAUUCAGGGUUGCACUGAGCAAAUGCUUGUUGGCAAAACAUGUUCAUGUUACAUUGUGCCCUUAGUCUGUCAAUUACAUCACUUUUUUUUCAUCUGCAAGUAGGCAUUUGACAGGGUUCCUUUUCUUGCUCUUGGAAGGGCAACUUCACAGAUUUGAGUCUGUAUAGAGCACAAAUGCCCAAAUCCUGCACAUAAGGCGCAAAUAGCAAGAAUUAUGCCAAGCACUUUUCCCAGAUUAAAGACCAUUUUCAUAACUCUGAACAUUAGUGGGGGUUGUAUCAGCAUGGGCUCUAAGAUAAAGUUGCAAACACCCCUAAAUGUGCCCCAAGUUGCAGAUUUACAAGCUUUUGUAAUGUAGCAAGCUCACUACAAUUUCACCUGCUCAACCUCCAAAUACAUCGUUUACAUAAAAUAGCUAUGAUGAAUUUGAGCCUAACCUUUAUUGUAAUUACAAGAAAUAUUUUCAGAUUCUACUUGUGAUGUGAACUUUAUGUACAGCAUAGUCAUUUCUAUGUAAAGUGUUUACCUGCGUCUUGCACACGUCAAAACAGCAGCUUGUAGGUUUUUCUGAUUGUGCAGAAUGACUUGCAUUUACUGCAUUUUCUUGUAUUCAAUACAGAUGUGCACUACCAAGCACCACAUAUUGAACUAUAAAUUCUGUAAGAUAAGGCUUCAACAAUUUGUAAAUAAUUGCUCUUUUUACCCAAAUAUUAAAGGUUGAAAUACAACAUAUGGCCUGCUUCAGCAUUUAAAAGAGAUACAAACUGGCCUGUUAUAUUCUAAUACUUGAAUUGUAUUUUCAAAAAAGGUCCUUUGCACAUGUAAACCAUCAAGCUGCUAUUUAAUGAUCAGGUAUUUUUGUACAAGUCUGUACUCAUGACUUAAAUCAUUAAAAUAUUUUUGAAAAAG